UAUUCAACACCAUGUCACAUGGCGUUAGUCGGAGGCCUCUGCUUCUGCAUCACCUGCGGUAACCUGCUCGAGAGAGUAGCCUCGUCGCGCUUGGAAAUCUCGUGCGCUGUAUGCGGCAGUACGAAUCAGAACAACUGGCCGCAUCGCAAGACCGAGACAUCGCGAGCGACUACUUUCCCGUCCGCGCUUCGGACAAGGCUGCAUGGCGCUAUUCAAGAGGUGUCGGAAGAACAAUUGAAGAAAGGGCAGCGGAUCGAGCAGCAAUGCGAGAAGUGCUCUGCGCCGGAGAUGUAUUUCACAGAACUCCAGCUGCGUAGUGCAGAUGAAGGGACUACAAUAUUCUACUCCUGUAGAAAAUGUGGUCACCGAUACAAAGAGGACAAUUGAACGGAAGGUGGCCUGCGCCAUAUCUUUCACGAAAGUACACAAGUGCCGAUCAGCAUAUGGAGGAAGAAGCCGUCCAAGGAUAACGUUCGGGAGGUGCGCCAGCGCGAGCAGAAGCAUGACCAGCGAUCUCUCAUUACACACAGCGCGCUCUUAGGUCCGCACUAUAUGAAGCACGAAUUUGCACUUCCUUUCUCUCCCUGCCUUGUAUCAGGCAGCACUAAUCAUGUGUGCACACAU